ACCCGCACAGAUCUAAACCCUUCUUCGCCUUCUCUCUCUAAAUCCCCAAUCUUCGAUUCUAGGGUUUGCUGUUUCCUUAUCUGAAUCCGAAAUGAUCGCAACCGUACUCCGCCGAUCUUGCCUCGAUGCGUCAAGGCGGACACUCUCCGCAUCGCUGACCUCCAUCAACGCGGCUCUAUUUCACCAUUUUACUCCUUCUGCCGCCGCCAAAGUCUCCGAUCUAGCUCCAACUGGCAAGCCUAGCUUCGCUCUCGGGAAUCAGUUUGGUGUUAAAUCGAGGGAAUUUCAUUUUCAAUCUGGGCCGUCGGAGUUCAGAUCGACGGUGGUGUCUCCUGCGGGGUUUGCGAUAUCUGAGACUAGCGACAGAGCAAUUGCAGAUUCCGAGAGCAGUGGCGAUGGGCUCGCGAUAGCUGAGCUUGGGAUAUCUCCUGAGAUCGUCAAAGCUUUGAGUGCUAAGGGUAUCGAGAAACUCUUCCCGAUUCAGAAAGCUGUGCUUGAGCCAGCUAUGCAAGGCCGUGACAUGAUUGGUCGUGCUAGGACAGGAACUGGAAAGACUCUUGCUUUUGGGAUUCCCAUCAUUGACAAGAUCAUCAAAUUCAACGCCAAACAUGGACGUGGGAGGAAUCCUCUUUGCUUGGUUUUGGCGCCGACAAGGGAGCUUGCUCGCCAAGUUGAGAAGGAGUUUAGGGAGUCUGCUCCAAGCUUGGAUACUAUUUGUGUUUAUGGAGGUACUCCCAUUGGACAGCAGAUGAGGCAGCUUGACUAUGGUGUUGAUGUCGCUGUUGGUACUCCUGGUCGUAUCAUUGAUCUCAUUAAGCGAGGAGCUUUGAAUCUUUCCGAGGUUCAGUUUGUGGUUCUCGAUGAAGCUGAUCAGAUGCUUCAAGUCGGGUUUGCGGAGGAUGUUGAGAUUAUAUUGGAAAGGUUGCCUGAGAAACGUCAGAGCAUGAUGUUUUCUGCAACAAUGCCGAGUUGGAUCAGAUCGCUUACCAAAAAGUACCUCAAUGAUCCUUUGACAAUUGAUCUGGUUGGAGAUUCUGAUCAGAAGCUCGCAGAUGGAAUUACAACAUAUUCUAUCAUGGCAGAUUCUUAUGGUAGAGCUUCAAUUAUCGGUCCUCUUGUAACGGAGCAUGCUAAAGGAGGAAAAUGCAUUGUUUUCACCCAGACAAAACGGGAUGCUGAUCGCCUUUCAUAUGGCUUGGCAAGAACCUUCAAGUGUGAACCUUUACACGGUGACAUAUCUCAGAGUCAGAGGGAAAGAACACUUGCUGGUUUCCGUGAUGGGCAUUUCAACAUUCUUGUUGCCACUGAUGUUGCUGCCCGCGGUCUUGAUGUUCCUAAUGUCGAUUUGGUGAUUCAUUAUGAGCUUCCAAAUAACACGGAGACGUUUGUCCACAGAACGGGGAGAACAGGACGUGCUGGGAAGAAAGGAAGUGCUAUUCUCAUCUACAGUCAAGAUCAAUCCAGGGCUGUUAAAAUAAUUGAGAGAGAAGUCGGGAGCCGCUUCACUGAGCUCCCUAGCAUUGCUGUGGAACGUGGUGGAAGCAUAUAUGAAGGAAUAGGUGGUCGAUCUGGUGAGUCUUUUGGAGGAGGCAUGAGAGAUCGCAGUUCAAGCUUUGGUGGCCGUUCAGGUGGUGGGGGUUAUGGUGGUUACGGUAGCAGCAGUGGCCGUUCAGGUGGUUCAGGCAACCGUUAUUCUGGUGGUUCGGAGCGCUCUGCCUUUGGGAGCUUCGGUUCAGACCGUUCCUCUGGUUUCGGGGGCUUUGGUUCGGAUCGUUCUUCUCAGUCAAGCGGAAGGGGAGGCUUUGGCGGAAGGGGAGGCUUUGGUGGUCGGUCAGAUGAUUAUGGCAGCAGUGGUGGCCGUAGCAACCGUUCUUCUGGUUUCGGGGGCUUUGGUUCAGAUCGUUCUUCUCAGUCAGGUGGAAGGAGCAGCUUUGGUGGCUUUGGCUCAAACGAUGGUAAAAGGUCUUACUGAGAAGUGUUGGGUAUGUUUUGACCCGACCCGGCAAUAAGUGGUGUUCCUAGGAGGAUUUGUUUUAUCGGGUAGAGUAGUUUACUAAGGGAUACAAGGAGUCGGGCUAUAUAUAUAUAUAUAUAAAUCUGUAGUUAUGUAAUCAAACAUACUAUUUCUAAGUUUGUCUCUCUUUGGUUUGAUAUGUUUUUUUGCGCAUAAACCAAGAAAUGAAUACUUGUGCUACACGUCUUUUUAGUCAACCAGGAAAUGAAUACUUGAAAACGUU